CGCCAGCAUCGAGCUCCAGGAAUUAUCCAUUCUUUUAGCAGCUGGUUCAAGACUAUCGUUAUCCAUGUCUUCCACGAACGAUUCGAGCAUACCUAGGCGUGUGGCCAUCAUCGGCGCGGGUGUUUUCGGUCUCUCACUAGCCUUAACUCUACGAAGAAAAGGUCAUUGCGUGGCGGUUUUUGACCAGAACGCCUACCAUGAGACAGGGUACCGCCCAUCAGAGUACUCAUCCGAGCUCGCAGCUUCAGUGGACCACAACAAAAUUUUCCGCGCAUCGUACGGGAAGCGAGCCGACUAUCAGCGACUCGCACUCGAAAGCAGGAAGCAAUGGCUUUCCCUCAACAGCAGUCAAGACAUAGGCCACGAUCUAUUUGUGCCUUGUUGCAUGCUUCGCGUGCAGCCGAGCUCAUCCCUUGGCGCGCUUGAAAUGGAGACCCUGGCAAGCAUGGAGCGGGACGGAGUGAGAGAUACUCAAUUUGUCAAAGGUGAUCCCAAGGAUUGUCGACGCGCCGCUGACCGGGGACUGCAGCACAAGCUGCUCGAUUAUUUCAUACCUGACGACCCGGAGCACCUCCCUUUUGAGGCGGUAUUGGAUUCUCUGGCAGGCUUCACGAGAUGUGCUGACGGAUGCAACUAUUUCCGAAGGGUGGCUGAGCGUGAGGGUGUGGUCUUUUCACUAGGCCCUGAGCAGGGACGCUUUGCAUCCUUGAUCGAAGAAACCCUCAACAGUGGCAAGAAGAGAGCAAUUGGCUUCAUGACAGCUGAUCAACGAUCGCACUACGUCGAUACGGUUGUAGUUGCUGCUGGGUCCUUUUCGACGCAGAUACUACCUACGUUGUCCUAUCACAUGGAAUCAUCAGCCGGUACAAUCGUCUUCUUCAAAAUUGACCCACAGGACAAGGCCUUGUGGGAGAAGUACUCGCCCGAGAAUUUCCCAGUCAUUACAUGGAAGAGCGCCCCGAGAGGUAAAGACGGCAAAGACAUAGGUAGUGUCUAUGUCUUGCCCAGAACUCCAGAAGGUUUUGUUAAGAUCGGGUAUCGGGGAAUCAAAUUCACCAAUUUCCAACCGGCCCCUGAUGGCGCACGUUUCACUCAGGAUGGGAAAUGGUCCAUCCCGCUCCCGUCUGAGCAGUGCCACAACAUUCCAUCAGGAGCAGCAGAGGCCAUUCGAAACUUUGUAUCUAUCUUUAUGCCCGAUUUCAAUAAUGAACCGUUCUUUUCCACAAAGCUCUGUUGGUACACAGAUACCUUGGAUAAUUCAUUUCUAGUGGACUAUGUUCCCAUGUAUGAGGACGAUUCAGUCUUCGUCUGCACCGGUGGUAGCGGGCAUGGAGCCAAGUUCAUGCCAGUUCUUGGGGAGCACGCAGCUGAUAUAUUUGAAAACAAGGAAGAAAGUAGCACGCCCAUGCGUCAGCACUGGCGCUGGCGGGAGGAUGCGCCGCGGAAGAACGGGCUUGAAGACGGGCCUGGUAGCCUACGAGAUCUUAAUCCAUGCAGGCUUGAGCGCCCCCUUUGA